AUGUGGGUUCUGGCAGCGACGCCAAAGAUUGGCUGGGCGGAUAACGCAGAUGUGUCCUACACAUGGUUCGACACCACCGUUAUACGCCCAGAGAGUCGCGGUGAUCUUCGCACGAUUCUCGUUCACAACAACCGUCUAACCGAGCAAGAGCCAGAAGAAUGGUCAGAAAGAUGGGGAGUCUGGCUCGGACCCAGGAAACGGCUUUGGGUUGAAGCGCUGCGACCUGGGGACAUCAUACAGCUCAUCCCAAGAGCUAUGUAUAUGGCUUGGACAAACAUCGUCGAUGGAGGUAGCAUCAGGAUUGAGUACGAAGCGGCAGAGGUGCUCGAAGAUCUUCAUGCUCUUACCAUCUCCUCCAAUACCUCUCAUUACUCCCAAAUCUUGGACAUCGAGCGUCAGGAUAUUCGACUAUUGAACGUCAAACCAGGAGCCUUCGACGACCCGAUCAGCGCUUCCUUCAGUACAGUCAGUCUCAAAGACGCUGAGGUGAUGGGCAUUGGGUUCCAUGCUUUGUCAUACUGUUGGGGUGAUUUUAGCGAACGCGAAGAGGUCAUACUGUCUCCGAACCAAGGUAAAGCUGAUGACGGAGUGCCAUUUAGUAUUGGAAAGUCUGCCGCCCAGGCUCUUCGUCGUCUACGAUCGGAAAAGACAACACUAGUGAUCUGGGUCGAUGCUGUGUGUAUUAAUCAGGAUGACCUUGAAGAAAGAGCGCAACAAGUAACCUUGAUGGCCCAGAUCUACUCACUAGCCGCGAUUGUACACAUAUGGCUGGGUGAAGAUAACCCGGGCGUUGAAGCAUGUCUCAAGCUUGUUCGCGAUAUCUGCAACUAUAACAGCGAAGAAUGCCAAGGUGCCGAAGCGUGCUCAUGCCUCUGGACCAAGCAUUCAUCACCAUUGGAAGAGAUCAAAGAGUUUGCAAAAGAAGUCAAAAGGUCAGGCCGGAAAGUCUCUUUCAAAGGGAUGAUUGAAGUCUUUGAGAUUCAUCUGAAGACAUGGUCGCGGGCGAUCAUCGACAUGGCGGGCUGGUAUGGAAACACACAGCUUUCAUUCCUCAUGAGUUCACUUUACGAGAACCCUUGGUUUUCUCGCGUAUGGGUGAUUCAAGAAGCACUGUCUGCCAGGUUUCCCUUGGUUCACUGCUCAGCGGAGAAAGUUCCAUGGGAGGAGGUCGUCAAAGUAAGCAAUUGGCUCCAACAACCCGACUACGCGACCCAAAACCCACAUGUCGCCUCCCAGCAACAUUCAAUGGCUCCUAUCUGGAAGACGUUGAAGCCCAAGGGAAGAACGACGGAGGUUCCAAAUACACCCGUUGAGGUGCAGAAUACAGACGAGCUAUCGGGUAUUCUGGAAGUCUUCCUUUCUGGUCUUGAUCUAAAGGCUACAGAUUCGAGAGACAAGCUGUUUGCAUUGCUUACCUUUGCAGACGAGACGCACGAUGUUUCACAGCUAGACGAUUUGAUGCGACCCAAUUAUGACAAGCCGAGGGAACGUGUCUUUGCGGACUUCACACGUUGGUGGAUCCGUGAGCAUAAUUCUCUGGAGAUUCUGUCUUGCAUCCACUGUCAGCCAACACGAACUUGGGUCAAAACUGUCGGUCAAGUUACUGAAAGGUUACCAGCAAGUCGACCUACCUGGUCUGUCGACAGCAAGGGAAGCUCGAAAUGGACACGAGCGAACCUGAGCGCGCUCUUUAACUUCAAAGCAAGUGGCGUCACAAAGCCAGACCUCAAACUUCUCGAGACGGAUGACCCUCUGGUCCUUCGACUGUCAGGACUUCGCAUUACCGAGAUCAAGAAGAUUAGCUGUGUACCCAUCGAGCACAUGUAUCCUUACCAGAACGCAUCUCAAAACCAAAAGGAGAUAUGUCAAGUUCUGCAUCAAAUCAUUGAUCCAUGUGGCCUUACACCAUUUUGGGCUCGAAGAAAUACGGCAGGCGACAUUCUACAAAAGAGUAUUCAAGAAUGCAACAUGAAAUACGGGGAUCAUAUGAACUCCCACUGGGCCUAUGCCGACCGGCCCGCCCUGCAAGUCCUCCAACCCAACGCCAAAGCUGAGGUGAACUACUACGAGACCAAGAAGUUGCCAAGUUGUAUUGAGCCUUGUUUCUUUGUUACGACUUCUGGCUUGUUUGGAUUGUGCCCUUGGAUGGCUAAAGAAGGGGACGUCAUUGUACUGCUUGAUGGGGGGAACGUGCCAUAUCUACUGAGGCCGGCUGACAAGAAGGACGAGAAAUUGAGAUAUGAGCUUGUAGGGGAGUGCUUUGUUAGCGGGAUCAUGCAUGGCGAGAUUUUGGAUGCACUUCUGGACAAUACGGAUCAUAAGCAGAUUUUUAGUCUUGUUUGA